AUGUUAAAAAAUCCGAAGUAUAUAUACGGUCCUAACGACAGAUUUGUCCCGGCCGCUUUGAAUUAUGGACAAUAUUUCUUAACAAAACUCAAAGAGCACACCGGUAAAGUGGCCUUGAUAAAUGGUUUAACAGACGAAAAAUUAACAUACGAUGAUAUAGCUCAAGAGGCCAUCAAUGUAUCAUUCUCUCUCACACGUAUGGGUGUUAGAAAGGGAGAUGUUAUCGCCAUCAGUUCAGAGAAUAGAAGAGAAUAUUGGAGUACUGUUGUUGGAAUAAUAUGUUCUGGGGCUGUUGUUACAACAAUAAAUAUUGGAUAUACGAAUGACGAACUCAAACACGUUAUGGGUAUAUCGAAGCCGAAAUACUUAUUUUGUUCGCCACUCGCUUACAAAAAACAUUCAAAGAACUAUAGAUCGUUGAGUUUCCUGAAACAUAUUAUAUUAUAUGGCGACGAAGAAUUGCCAGAGACGAUUCCGUUCAAGAAUUUAGCUGUACCUAGUAAAACACGAACUAGUCGCUACCACCUGGAAGCAAAUGUGAAUUUUGAUGAUUUCCAGCCAAUAGAUGUUGAAGGUCAUGACACUUUAUUUAUUUUAUACUCCUCUGGAACUACUGGCUUGCCGAAAGGAGUCAUGAUAACACAUCAUAACAUUUUGACGUUAUCAUGCUCUAAUGUAACUCUGCCAACUCUCUUGGGUCUUACAAUAACUCCGUGGUACCACACUAUGGGUCUUAUUGGCACUUUGGGUAGUUUUUCUCGUGGUACAACCACAGUCUUUCUGCCGAAAUUCGACGUGGAACUAUAUUUGAGGACCGUUGAAAAAUAUAAGAUACAACAGUUGGUUUUGGUCCCCGCGGCUCUAGUUGCGCUGGUUAAGUCUUCCCUGAAUGUAGACACUUCCUCAGUGGUUUUAAUCUACUGUGGCUCCGCACCACUUUACGAAGACACCGCAAAAGCUAUCACUAAGAGGUUUCCGAACGUAACCGCAUUACUCCAAGGUUAUGGGAUGACUGAAUCUACUCUGACUAUCACCAUGAAUUACAAUCCUGAGAAAUUCGGCAGCGUGGGCACUGUAACCUCACAUACAGUUAUAAAGGUAGUUGACCCAGACACAAAGGAGGUUCUUGGGCCGAAUAAACCUGGUGAAAUAUGUCUGAAGAGUGCGACGAUGAUGAAGGGUUACAUCGGUAGACCGAGGAAUGAAGGGUUUGAUGAUGAAGGGUUCUUUAGAACUGGUGAUAUUGGGUAUUAUGAUGAUGACGGAUACUUCUAUAUAGUUGAUAGGCUGAAGGAACUCAUCAAAUAUAAGAGUUAUCAGGUCCCACCAGCAGAGAUUGAAACAACUCUUCUCAAACAUCCAUCAGUGUUAGACGCUGGUGUUGUUGGCGUGCCACACCCGGCCGCUGGUGAAGUGCCAGUGGCAUUCGUGGUGCGAAGUGGCCCUGUCACUGAGGCAGAACUUGUGAAAUUUGUGGCAGAAAGGCUAUCAAACCCAAAACAUCUCCGCGGCGGAGUCAUCUUCAUAGAUGAAAUACCGAGAAACCAAACGAGCAAGAUACUUAGGAAGGAACUGAGGAAGAUGGUGAAAGCAAGGAAAAGUAAACUUUAA